AUGGCCGCCCAAGCAUCGUCCCGAGGCUCGCUCGAAGAAGGCGCCCCCCUUCUGUCGCCGAUUGACUCGGAGACGCGCGAAUCGAGUCCCGCUCCGGCGCCCCCGAAGGAGAAGCCGUGGCUCUUCUUCGUCGCCUCCAUCUUCUUGCUCAUCGCCAUCCUCGACGUGGGCGGCUACCUCGCCGAAGCGCCCAAAACGCGCGUCUACGAAGCCAACAUCUGCCUCCGCUACUACGAGACCCACGACCCGUCCAAGAUCAGCGACCAUGGCAGCGUGCCCGAACACCUGUGCAAGCUCGAUGCGGUGCAGCAGAAGAUGGCCAUGGUUUUCGGCUGGCAGGACAUGUUUGACGCAAUCCCGGGGAUCCUGCUGGCAGUGCCCUUUGGCGCCCUCGCCGACAAAUGGGGGAGGAAGUGGAUCUUGGCCCUGAGCCUAAUGGGCGUGCAGCUGGGCUGUGCUUGGAUCCUCUUGAUCUGCUACUUCCGGAGCCUGCCACUGCAGCUGACCUGGUUCUCCUCGGCCUUCUUCGUCAUUGGCGGCGGCCCCAUCGUUGCUACUGCCAUUGCUAUCACCAUGGUCUCGGAUGUGGUUCCUCCCGAGAAGCGGACGGCUAUCUUCCUCUACCUCACGGCCUCGGUGCUGGUCGCCGAGCUGAUAGCUCCCAUCAUGGCUUCUCGCCUCAUGGAACACGGCGACUGGUAUCCGCUCCUCCUGGCCCUCGCCAUCCAGCAGGUCGGCAUCUGCAUGGCCGUGUUCUUGCCUGAGACGCUGCACCUGCGAGAUGUGCCCAAACCCGGCGACGACGACGGCGACGACGACGAGCACGAGCGGAGCAUCGAGAUGCAGAACAAGUCGCAAGACCAUGGCUUCAAAACCCAGCUGCGCCACUUCAAGGAUGCGCUGGUGUUCCUCAAGAGCGAUCUCACAAUUGCGCUCGUCAUCUUCACCUUCCUGUCGAACAGGCUCGGGCGACAAUCGCUGACGCUGCUAAUCCGAUACGCCUCGAAGAGGUACAACUGGGAGAUCAAGAAGGCCGCAUAUCUCCUCUCUUUCCGAGCGGCUACUAAUCUAGUUGCCAUGACCAUCUUCAUCCCCGCAGUCAACAUCCUCCUCCUCAAAUAUGUGCGCCUCCCUGCACACUGGGCUGAUGUUUGGAUAGCUCGUGGGUCCAUAGUGCUCAUGACGCUCGCCUUCCUUGUCAUAGGCCUAGCCGCGCAACCGGCACUUCUAAUCCUGGGGUUACUUGUGUACAAUAUGGGGACCGGGUACGGCGCCGCGUUGCGCUCCAUUGCCAUCCAUGUCGUGGGCGGCCAGUCCAGCCCUGACAUUGGCAAGCUGAUGAGCCUGAUCGCCAUCACAGAGAGCAUCGGGACCAUGUUUGCAGGGCCUCUCCUGAACGAGCUGUUCCAGUGGGGCAUGGACAUGGGGCAGGCAUGGCUCGGACUUCCAUUCCUCGGCACUUGCUUCACGUACGGCCUCAUGACGAUUGUUAUGUUUCUCAUCAGCGUCAAAGACAAAGACGUCGAAUAUGCUGCCGUCGACUCCGACGAGGAUGAAGCUGAUUCUCCCCGGGCAAGCAGCACUGCGCUGGAGCGCCCACCACUACCCCGCCAUACUACCUGA